GCUGCAUUGUGAACUGGCCAAUCUGGAGAGAAACCAUGUUGAGGGUAUCCAGUAGUUCUGCGGUACACCUCCUUUCUUUCACAUCAAUUACACUUGCCACGCGAGCAUUUUUUCAUUCUGCUACAAAACAGAUUUGUCAGAGAAUGGCCUACACCAUCGAAGAACAUGGUUCAGAAUACUCAGAAAACUAUAGAGUGUUUAUCAGAGAUCAGUCAGGCAUCGUUUCUCCAUUUCACGACAUCCCUCUGUUUGCAGACAAAGAGAACAAUGUAUUCAACAUGGUGGUUGAAGUUCCAAGAUGGUCCAAUGCAAAAAUGGAGAUUUCUACAAAAGAAUUAAUGAAUCCAAUAAAGCAAGACAUUAAAAAAAGCAAACUACGAUUUGUUAAAAAUGUCUUUCCUUUUAAAGGUUAUCCUUGGAACUAUGGUGCCAUUCCGCAGACCUGGGAAGACCCGUGUGAGCAUGAUGAACUAACUGGCCUGAAAGGAGAUGGCGAUCCCAUUGAUGUUGUUGACAUUGGAAACAAGGUGGCAAGGAGGGGUGAGGUGAAACCAGUGAAAUUACUUGGUGUCAUGGCACUAAUUGACGAAGGUGAAACCGAUUGGAAAGUGAUAGCUAUCGAUGUCACUGAUCCUCUCGCACCUGAACUAAACGAUAUUGACGAUGUUCGCAAAUUAAUGCCUGGACUUAUUGAGGCUACUCAUGAGUGGUUCAAAAUCUACAAGAUUCCAGCCGGUUCACAUCCUAACCAUUUCGCAUUUAACGGUGAAGCAAAGAAUAGAACAUUUACAACCGACGUGGUCAUGCAGACGCAUGCUCAGUGGAAAAAACUCGUAGACAAAAAAAUCGAACACGACAAGCAUAACCUGACCUGGUUUGUAUUGAAAUUAGACCUGUAUCUACCAGCUAAUCAAAAUAUUCCAACCUAUGUAACAGUUUGCACCUCAAGUAGUCCUGCCAACAUAAUCGAGAUGAUAUGUCAGCGUUAUGACAGCGUUGAUUGCUAGAAUUACAAAAAUUGACAGUCGCAGCAAAUGGAGAAGGGCUGAGAAUUAUGCAUGCAAAAGUUUUGGUUUAGGGAAAGAGAGUUUUUUGUUUAUAUUGUUUGUUUUUUAUUGAAGACAUUUUAGGAAUAUGUUUUAUUGUAGUGAGA